UUUACAGAGCUCCACACAGGAGAUGGGGCAGGAGCUGAAUGAUGAGAUCCUCUGCUCUACCUCCUUGAAGGGCAGGAAGGUGCCCCACACUGCCAACAGAGACCAGCACUGGCUCAGGGGUAAAAACGGCUCGACCAUGAAGACGCAUGAGACCUGCGCGCUCAGGACCAACCGGGCUGACCUGCUGAAGAAGCGAGUAGAACGCCUGGUGCCCGCCUUCCUAGACGGACACCUCAGCUACAUCUCCACGUUCCUGGGCACAUACAGGGCAUUUGCCACCACCCAAGAGGUGCUGGACUUCCUGUUUACAAGAUAUGGGUACGUUCUCUCUAACUGGGAUGAUCGCGGUGGAGCCCAGGAGCAGUGCAACACGUGAGUGAGCUUUGGCUAGUACAGGAGGUCUCCCCUCUCCAUGAGGGCACUGAGGGGACUGUGAGUUGGAGGGCCUUCUGGACCCCCAUCCCACACACCUGUGAUUCCUGUUUUAGGGUAAAGGUCUGAGAGCUUCUUCUGGAAAAAGGGAAGGGGUCCUGGGGAGCUGUGGGGGGGGUGU